AUGGCAAUUUCAUUCAUCAACUCUACAGCUAGCUCGUAUUGGCUAAUUCUUAUCUUUUCCACUUCACACGGAGCAGCUCAACCACAGAACAAUAACAAAGGAGCAAACUUUUCAUGCCCUGUGGAUGCACCUUCUUCCUGUGAAACCUACGUCACAUACUUUGCUCAGUCUCCCAAUUUUCUGAGCAUAACCAACAUAUCUGAUCUGUUUGGGAUUAGUCCUCGGUCAAUAGCAAGGGCUAGUAGUAUAGUGUAUGAGGAUAACUACAAGCUGUUUCCUGGCCAGCUCUUACUUGUACCCUUGACUUGUGGCUGUACCGGAAGUCAUUCAUUCGCUAACAUCUCCUAUGUCAUGAACAAAGGUGAUAGCUACCACUUUGUUUCAACCUUUUCGUUUGAAAAUCUCACCAAUUCGCAAGCAGGGGAAGCUUUCAAUAAAACUCUUAACCCACAUCUCGUGCCAAUAGGGAGCAAGGUAAUUUUCCCUUUGUCCUGCAGUUGCCCUUCAAAGACCCAGUUGCAGAAGGGGAUCAAGUUUCUAAUCACCUAUGUGUGGCAAGCCAAUGACAAUUUGCCCACUGUAAGUUCAAAGUUUAAUGCUUCUUCAAUGGACAUAGUAACUGUAAAUAACUAUCCGAACUUCACAAAUUCAGCCAGCCUUCCAGUUUUGAUCCCUGUUAGAAGCUUACCUGCACUUUCCCAGACUUACCCUUCAUCUCAGAACAGCAACAAAACAAAACAUCUUCUCAUGUUCAUUGGUACAUUUGUAGGAUUCGCUGUCCUGAUUGCUCUUUUAUCGAUUCUACUAUAUGCUUACCGUAUGAGGAAGAAAAGAAUGGUUUUGAAUAGAAAAAAUUCGACAGUAGAUAAGCUACUUUAUGGUGUUUCUUGCUAUGUAAGUAAGCCAAUCAUGUACGAAGCAGGUGUGAUCAUGGAAGCUACCAAGAAGCUUAAUGAAAGGUGCAGGAUUGGGAAGUCAAUUUACAGAGCCAGAAUUGAAGGGGAGGUUGUAGCAGUGAAAAAAGUGAGGGACCAAAAUGCCAAGGAAGAGCUAAGAAUUAUGCAGAAGUUGAAUCAUACAAAUCUGCUGAAAUUAAGGGGUGUCUCUUCAGACAAUGAUCGAAAUUACUUCCUAGUUUAUGAAUAUGCGGAAAAUGGGUCUCUUGAUAAAUGGCUUUAUCCUGGGUAUUCUUCAGGCUCUAUGUCCCCUCUCACAUGGAAUCAGAGGAUAAGCAUAGCACUGGAUGUCGCCAUGGGUCUGCAGUACCUGCACGAUCACACUCAACCCAGAAUAGUCCAUAGAAACAUCUCAACAAGUAAUAUCCUUCUAGACUCCAAAUUGAAGGCCAAGAUAGCUAAUUUCUCCAUGGCUAGAACUUGCACGAAUCUUGUGAUGCUCAAAAUAGACGUUUUUGCAUUUGGGGUUGUUCUGUUGGAGUUGCUCACAGGGAAGAAAGGCAUGGAAAUGAAUGAAAAAGGGGAGGUGAUGAUGCUGUGGAAGGAAUUUAUGGCGAUAUUUGAUUUGGAAGAGGGAAGAGAAGAGAGACUCAGAAAAUGGAUGGAUCCUGAGCUUGGAAGCUUUUAUCCCAUUGUUGAUGCUCUUGGCUUGGCUUCUCUGGCACUGGCUUGCAUAGUGGGCAAGUCUAUGUCAAGACCAACCAUGGGAGAAAUCGUUCUGAGCCUCUCUCUUCUCACUCAAUCAUCUUCUGAUGCUGCCGCCUUAAAGGGAUCUGGCACAUUAGAUUUCGAGGUUGCUUCACUGAACAGUCCUAUCACAGCUCGUUGA